GACAACAAAAGCGGAAGAUGCUGCAGUUGGGCAAGGUCAGGACCUUGCCCUGAAGCCGGGCGGCGGCGCGCACGCCUUUUCCCGGACUGAGGAGCUGUCGCCGGUGGCGGGUGCAUGUUCUCCAGGAAGCAGUCGGGCUCCGCGCCGUUGGGAGCUAUGCCUGUCCCAGACCAGCCUUCGUCAACCUCAGAGAAGACCAGCUCCCUGAGCCCUGGCCUGACCACCUCCAACGGGGAUGGCUCUGAAACGGAAACCACCUCUGCCAUCCUCGCCUCGGUCAAAGAACAGGAAUUACAGUUUGAGAGACUGACCCGAGAGCUGGAGGCAGAACGCCAGAUCGUCGCCAGCCAACUGGAGCGAUGCAAGCUCGGAUCAGAGACGGGCAGCAUGAGCAGCAUCAGUUCAGCAGAAGAGCAGUUUCACUGGCAGUCACAAGAUGGUCAAAAAGACAUCGAAGACGAGCUUACAACAGGUCUUGAGCUGGUGGACUCCUGUAUCCGAUCACUGCAGGAAUCAGGAAUACUUGACCCACAGGAUUAUUCAACAGGUGAAAGGCCCAGCCUGCUCUCCCAGAGUGCACUUCAGCUCAAUUCCAAACCUGAAGGGUCCUUCCAGUAUCCGGCCAGCUACCAUAGCAACCAGACCCUGGCCCUGAGUGAGACAGCCCCUUCGCAGCUCCCCACCCGCAGCUCGCAAGCCCGAGGUGCGGGCCAGACCUUCAGCCAGGGCACGACGAGCCGCGCGGCGCACCUGGCGGGGCCCGAGCCCGCGCCGCCGCCGCCGCCGCCGCCGCCGCGGGAGCCGUUCGCGCCCAGCCUGGGCAGCGCCUUCCACCUGCCCGACGCGCCGCCGGCCGCCGCCGCCGCCGCGCUCUACUACUCCAGCUCCACGCUGCCCGCGCCGCCGCGCGGGGGCUCCCCGCUGGCCGCGCCGCAGGGCGGCUCGCCCACCAAGCUGCAGCGCGGCGGCUCGGCCCCCGAGGGCGCCGCCUACGCCGCGCCGCGCGGCUCCUCGCCCAAGCAGUCGCCCAGCCGCCUGGCCAAGUCCUACAGCACCAGCUCGCCCAUCAACAUCGUCGUGUCCUCGGCCGGCCUGUCCCCGGUCCGCGUGACCUCGCCCCCCACCGUGCAGUCCACCAUCUCCUCCUCGCCCAUCCACCAGCUGAGCUCCACCAUCGGCACGUACGCCACCCUAUCGCCCACCAAGCGCCUGGUCCACGCGUCCGAGCAGUACAGCAAGCACUCGCAGGAGCUGUAUGCCACGGCCACCCUCCAGAGGCCGGGCAGCCUGGCAGCUGGGUCGCGGGCCUCGUACAGCAGCCAGCACGGCCACCUGGGCCCGGAGCUUCGGGCUCUGCAGUCCCCGGAGCACCACAUAGACCCCAUCUAUGAGGAUCGCGUCUACCAGAAGCCCCCUAUGAGGAGUCUCAGCCAGAGCCAGGGGGACCCUCUGCCGCCAGCACACACGGGCACUUACCGCACGAGCACAGCCCCAUCUUCCCCCGGUGUCGACUCCAUCCCCUUGCAGCGCACAGGCAGCCAGCAUGGUCCCCAGAACGCCGCCGCGGCCACCUUCCAGAGGGCCAGCUACGCCGCCGGCCCAGCCUCCAAUUACGCCGACCCCUACCGACAGCUGCAGUAUUGUCCCUCCGUCGAGUCUCCGUACAGCAAAUCCGGCCCUGCCCUCCCGCCCGAAGGCACCCUGGCCAGAUCCCCGUCCAUCGAUAGCAUUCAGAAAGAUCCCAGAGAAUUUGGAUGGAGAGACCCGGAACUGCCGGAAGUGAUUCAGAUGCUCCAACACCAGUUUCCUUCGGUCCAGUCUAAUGCUGCAGCCUACUUACAACACCUCUGCUUUGGAGACAAUAAAAUUAAAGCUGAGAUAAGGAGACAAGGAGGCAUCCAGCUCCUGGUGGACCUGCUGGACCAUCGGAUGACAGAAGUCCACCGUAGUGCCUGCGGAGCCUUGAGAAACUUGGUGUAUGGGAAGGCCAACGAUGAUAACAAAAUUGCCCUCAAAAACUGCGGUGGCAUCCCAGCGCUGGUGAGGUUACUCCGCAAGACCACCGACCUGGAGAUCCGGGAGCUGGUCACAGGAGUCCUUUGGAACCUCUCAUCUUGCGACGCACUCAAAAUGCCAAUCAUCCAGGACACUCUGGCGGUAUUGACCAACGCCGUGAUUAUCCCCCAUUCUGGCUGGGAAAAUUCGCCUCUUCAGGAUGAUCGGAAGAUACAGCUGCAUUCCUCGCAGGUGCUGCGAAAUGCCACUGGAUGCCUAAGGAAUGUUAGCUCAGCCGGAGAGGAGGCCCGCAGGAGGAUGCGGGAAUGUGACGGGCUCACAGACGCGCUGCUCUACGUGAUCCAGUCCGCGCUGGGGAGCAGCGAGAUCGACAGCAAGACCGUUGAAAACUGUGUGUGCAUUUUAAGGAACCUGUCGUACCGGCUGGCAGCAGAAACGUCUCAGGGACAGCACAUGGGCACGGAUGAGCUGGACGGGCUGCUCUGUGGGGAGGCCAAUGGCAAAGACACGGAGAGUUCUGGGUGCUGGGGCAAGAAGAAGAAGAAAAAGAAAUCCCAAGAUCAGUGGGAUGGAGUAGGACCUCUUCCAGACUGUGCAGAACCACCAAAAGGGAUCCAGAUGCUGUGGCACCCAUCAAUAGUCAAACCCUACCUCACACUGCUCUCUGAGUGCUCAAACGCAGACACGCUGGAAGGGGCAGCAGGCGCCCUGCAGAACUUGGCUGCAGGGAGCUGGAAGUGGUCAGUAUAUAUCCGGGCUGCUGUCCGAAAAGAGAAAGGCCUGCCCAUCCUCGUGGAGCUGCUUCGAAUAGAUAACGACCGGGUGGUGUGCGCGGUGGCCACGGCCCUCCGGAACAUGGCCUUGGACGUCAGAAACAAGGAGCUCAUCGGCAAAUAUGCCAUGCGAGACCUCGUCCACAGGCUUCCAGGUGGGAACAACAGCAACAAUGCGGCAAGUAAGGCCAUGUCGGAUGACACGGUGACAGCCGUCUGCUGCACCCUACAUGAAGUGAUCACCAAGAACAUGGAGAACGCCAAGGCCUUACGGGAUGCUGGCGGCAUUGAGAAGUUGGUUGGCAUCUCCAAAAGCAAAGGAGAUAAACACUCUCCAAAAGUGGUCAAGGCUGCAUCUCAGGUCCUAAACAGCAUGUGGCAGUACCGAGAUCUGAGGAGUCUCUACAAAAAGGACGGAUGGUCACAGUAUCACUUCGUAGCCUCAUCGUCGACCAUCGAGAGAGAUCGGCAACGGCCCUACUCCUCCUCCCGCACACCCUCCAUCUCCCCUGUGCGAGUGUCUCCCAACAACCGCUCAGCAAGUGCCCCAGCUUCACCUCGGGAAAUGAUCAGCCUCAAAGAAAGGAAAACAGACUAUGAAUCCACUGGCAGCAAUGCCACUUACCACGGAACUACAGGAGAACACACUUCCAGGAAAGACACCAUGACAGCUCAAAACACUGGAAUUUCAACUUUGUACAGGAAUUCCUAUGGUGCGCCCACUGAAGACAUCAAACAUAACCAGGUUCCAGCACAGCCCGUCCCACAGGAGCCCAGCAGGAAAGACUACGAGACCUACCAGCCAUUUCAGAAUUCCACGAGAAACUACGACGAGUCCUUCUUCGAGGACCAAGUCCACCAUCGCGCUCCCGCCAGUGAGUACACCAUGCACCUGGGACUCAAGUCCACUGGCAACUAUGUCGACUUCUACUCAGCUGCCCGUCCCUACAGUGAACUGAACUAUGAAACGAGCCACUACCCCGCCUCCCCCGACUCCUGGGUGUGA